CAGGCUCCUCCCCUCACGAGGAAACUGGGACUUUGGGUUGGCCAGUUAGCAAGUGACGCAAAAGAUACUUCUCUUCUGAUUGGCGUAGGCGGCGCGGGCCCUCGGCGCUGAUUGGAAGAGGGUACUGCGAAGGGCGGGACGGCGGAAAGAAGAGCGUUGAGAGUGCGCGAGGGGAUAAGCCAGCUCUGCCGCCCACACCCUCAGAGAUGGACGUGGAGCAGCUGGACCUGAACCCCAGGAUUAUUGCUGCGGUGAAGAGAGUUUGUGUGAUUCUAGCCGGACUGAAGGCAGUGAAGGAGGUUUUGCAGUUCUCUGGGCCGGACCUGCAGCGGCUGACCCGGCUGCCCGGCGCCGACGUCCAGCGCCUGCUGAGGACGGCCUCGUGCAGCCUGCGGGGCGGCAGUGGCAUCACAGCGCUCCACCUGCUGCGGCACAAGGACGCCUUCCCCGCGCAGCACCAGCGCCUGAGCCUCGGCUGCCCGGUGCUCGACGGCCUGCUCCGCGGCGGGCUGCCCCUGGACGGCAUCACCGAGCUGGCCGGCCGCAGCUCGGCAGGGAAGACCCAGCUGGCCCUGCAGCUCUGCCUGGCCGUGCAGCUCCCGCGGUGCCACGGCGGCCUGGAGGCGGGGGCCGUCUACAUCUGCACCGAAGACGCCUUCCCGAGCAAGCGUCUGCAGCAGCUCAUCGCCCAGCAGCAGCGCCUGCGGAUGGACGUCCCGGGGGAGGUGGUGGCGAAGAUCAAGUUUGGCAACCACAUCUUCGUGGAGCACGCGGCCGACGUGGACGCCCUGCUGGAGUGUGUGGCCAGGAGGGUCCCCGUCCUGCUGGCGCAGGGAAGGGCCCGCCUGGUGGUCAUCGACUCAGUGGCAGGCCCCUUCCGCUGCGAGUGGGACGGCUCAGACCCCGGCACCAGGGCCCGGAGCCUGCAGUCUCUGGGGGCCACACUGCGCCGCCUAAGCAGCACCUUCCAGAGCCCGGUGCUCUGCGUGAACCAGGUGACGGAGGCUGCGGGGGAGCAGGUGCCUGGGCCGCCGGGGUCCUGCGAUGAGGGGCUCUCCCCGGCCCUCGGGAUAACCUGGGCCAAUCAGGUCCUGAUGAGGCUGACGGUGGACCGUGCCCGCGGCGAGGAGGCACUGCCCGGCCACCCAGCGCGGACCCUGCGGGUGGCCUUUGCUCCUCACCUGCCCCCGUCCUCGUGCUCCUACACGGUCAACGAGGAAGGUGUGCGUGGGACGCCUGGGACCGAGUCCCUGGGACAGAGCCGCUAGGACAGCCGGCCGGGCCUGGGAGAUGGCCCGACUUGGCAGGACCCUUAAAACUGCGCUCGCAGCACGGACGGCGCCCGGCCCUGCCACGGCCUCUGGAGCCACCCCAGCCUUCCCCCCUCGGGCUCGGGGAGCUCCAGCAGCCCCAGCCCCACACCCGGGACCGGGACAGCCACACGCAGCCCACCCCACAGUGCUGGGCGGGCCCCUGCCCUCCUUCCCGUGGCUUUCUGAGAUGCUGUGCUGUCGGAAGGCACCUCAACUGGAGGGAAAGGAGCUACCCUGGCUUGCCACCCCCCUUCCCGGGGCCCACCCCCGCCCUGGCUCACUGCACCCUGAAGACGGUGGAAAGUUUCCCAUCCAGACACGUGCUCGGUUAGGUGCCGGGUGGAAGGGUCCCUACAGAGAGCCAGAACAAAUGGCAGAGAGGCCUGGGGGAGAGCUGUCUGUCUGUCUGUCUGUCUGCUGCGUUCCCCAACCCCAGCGCCCACCAGCCCAGCCUGGACCAAGUGGUAAAAGCGGCUGCAGGUGCUGCUGGUGAUGCCCAGGGGCCCGGCCAGCCUGUCAGGAAAGCCAGUCCCAGGCAGGGGGAGAUCACCCAAAGCGAGCGGCCCCCCACGUGUCCCGGCGCCUCCCCCCGGGUGGGGGCCUCAGUCCUCAACGGAAAGCCGGACCACCCUCAGUCACACCUGGGCCGUGGACCCCAGGGUCCGACCUGCUGACCCUCGAGACCAGGCCCGGCGGACACCAUGGCCGUGACGCCCAGCCCAGGAGCUGGGGCCCCGCACACCGGCUGCCCAGACACCCACUGGGCCUCCCAGGGCUCACCCCGCUGCCCGCAGUGCCGGGCGAGGGCAGGUAGCACCUGGACCCGUCCCCAGGUGACAAACCCAGGGAGCAGGUGUCCCACUGCCAGGCUUGUCCUCAGGGGUCACCUUGGCCAACCCGGGGACCUUCAGGGUUUUUGCUUUUGUAUUUUAUAUUUUGACAUAACGAACAAAAACUGAGUUUAUAUCUUGACUCAGAGGUUUCAUGAUUUUGGAUUAAAGACAAGUUCCUAACUUCCCCUCCCCCAGUAUCCUCUGCUGUUUGCAUCUCUGUGUAUUGGCUAUUUACAGUCGUCUCUUAUAAGUGACAUCGUGCAGUGUCCUCACGUGUCUUGCUUAUUUUGUUGAGUGUAACGUUUUCAAGGUUCUUCUGUGUUAACCGCUUGUUUCAGGACUUCAUUUUUUUAAUGACCAAAUAAUACUCCAUUGUAUGUGUGCACAUUUUGUUUGUUCGUUCAUCUGUUAACGGACACAGGUUGUUUCCAGGUUUUGGCUCUUGUGAAUAAUGCUGCCGUGAACAUUUGUGUGCACGUCUCUGUUUGCCACCCUGUUUUCACUCUCAGUAUGUCCUGGAAAUGGGACCGCUGGGCCAAACAGUGAUGCUGCAUGUGACUCCGAGGAGCCGCCGUGCUGCUUUCCGCAGGGAGUGCACCACUUUCCAUCAGACCAGCAGCUCGAGCUCCAGUUCCUUCGUGUCUUCUCCACAUGCUGUUCUCUGUUUACUUUUUACUAAUAACCGUUCUUGUGUUUUGAUUUGCAUUUCCCUUGUGGCUGUUGACGUUGAGCAUCUUUGUAUCUUUGGAGAAAUGUCUAUUCAAGUCCUUUGCCCAUAUUUUAACUGGGUAGACUGCCUUUUUGUUGUUGCAUUAUAAAAGUUCUUUAAUAUUAUGGAUAUUGAACCCUUCUCCAGUAUAUGGUUUGCAACUACUUUCUCCCAUUCUGUAGGUUAUUUUCUCACUUUUCUUGAUAAUUUCCUUCAGUGCAUACAAAAGUUUUUAAUU